UCUGAAUGCAUUGUUGUACCACGAAUGUCAUCUGUUCAAGGGGCUUGACGUGUUAGCACCAGGAUGUCCCGUACACCUUCACCACAUUAGACAUGGCUCCGAUAAGGAGAUAUCUUCGAAUCAGCAAAUACUCGGUUCUCGAAUGUCGUAUAUUCCUGGAGAACCCAGCAGAUGAGCAAAGGUGGCUGCUAAAGGCUGGGGAUCCUGCGCUCACUCGCGUCAUUGAAGCUGUGAAGCCUCUUGUUCUCCCAAAGCUCAUCGAAGAGAAUGCAAGGGCCCAGGGCAAAGGAAAAAAGAAGAAAACUGUCAAAGACGUGGUCAAGCAGGACGACUUUGAGGUUUCCAUUUUCUUGACUGAGCUCAAGACCCGACAUUCACUUAUCGUCAAGCACAAGACGUUCAAGCAAAAGCCCUCUCUACGCACCAACAAUGGUAGUAAGAUGACUGCUGCUAAUCAUGGGACCGACUCUAUCAUGAUUCGUGAUGAGAGUGACGAUGAAGAUAUCGCAAUCAGCGACAUCCCUGACGCGGAUGAUAAAAGUGAUGUCGAGGAGACGUCUCGGGUGCUGGAUGAUACUUUCAACCCCGACCAAGACGAUGACAAGAAAAAGUUGGGGUUCAAAACCACCUAUGACGGCUUCAGCAUCUGGGGGUGGGUGCUUUGCCUCUUCGUUGAACGCAAGGGAGGGCCAGGCAAGAAGUCGGCUGCUGCGACUGAAGGAAAUGCGCAGGCCUUGAUGCAGGACUGGAUCACCUCGACUCAACAACAGAAAGAGGAUGAUGAAUGAUGGAAAGGCGGUGUGUUGCCCAAGGUCUGGCCAAGUCUUGCGGUCUGGCUCUACACUGUAAAGGAAUUACACCUUCCGAAUUUGGUGAAUUGACAGACUAUUUCAAACAAUCAUGGAACAAACCUUCGUAGCCAUUGAUCAUCAUGUUGCAUUCC